AUGGCGAACCAGACUCCGGCCGUUGUCAUGGACAAUGGCACCGGCUUCUCCAAGCUCGGUUUUGCCGGAAAUGACUCGCCCUCUUUCGUCUUCCCGACCGCCAUCGCCACCAAGGGCGGAGCCGGCGCUGUUGCUGGUUCUGGCUCUGGCCGACCCGCCGUGGCUAACAAGCCGACCUUCCUCACCGGCGGUACUGGUGCCGGUAACCUUAGUGCCAAGCGCGGAACUGAGGACCUCGACUUUUUCAUUGGUGACGAGGCCAUCAGCGCGGCACAGGGACCUGGCUACGGGAUCAAUUAUCCUAUUCGACAUGGUCAAGUUGAGGACUGGGACCACAUGGAACGGUUCUGGUCCAACUCGAUAUUCAAGUACCUCCGCGUCGAGCCCGAGGAUCACUACUUCCUUCUAACUGAGCCGGUAAGCUACUCGUUGCUCUUCAUCGAGUCUGUGAACGUGCUGACCGAUUCAUGUGCGAAGCCUCUGAACCCCCCCGAAAACCGAGAGAACACGGCUGAGAUCUUCUUCGAGUCGUUCAAUUGCGCGGGUAUGUACAUUGCCGUCCAGGCUGUAUUGGCUCUGGCAGCUUCGUGGACCUCGUCCAAGGUCACCGACCGAUCGCUCACGGGUACCGUCAUCGACUCUGGUGACGGUGUCACGCACGUCAUCCCCGUCGCCGAGGGCUACGUUAUCGGAUCCUCGAUCAAGUCAAUCCCCAUUGCCGGCCGAGACAUUACCUACUUUGUGCAGUCGCUCCUCCGAGACCGAGGUGAGGCCGACUCAUCUCUCAAGACGGCCCAGGAGAUCAAGGAGGACUACUGCUACGUGUGCCCCGACAUCGUCAAGGAAUUUGCCAAGUACGACCGCGACAGGAGCCGCUUCGCCAAGCACGUGGUCAAGCACCCCAACGGCCGCCAGGUCUCGGUCGAUGUCGGCUACGAGAGAUUCCUUGCCCCAGAGAUCUUCUUCAACCCAGAGAUCUACAGCUCCGACUUCUUGACGCCCCUGCCUACCGUUGUCGACGGCGUCAUCCAGCAGUCACCCAUUGAUGUGCGCCGUGGACUGUACAAGAACAUUGUCCUGUCGGGUGGCAGCACGCUGUACAAGGACUUUGGCAGGAGGUUACAACGAGACAUCAAGCACCUGGUAGACACGAGGAUCCGCGCCAGCGAGGUACGCAGCGGCGGUGCGAGGAGCGGCGGUCUUGACGUGCAGGUCAUAACCCACAAGAGGCAGCGUCACGGCCCGUGGUUUGGCGGUAGUCUUUUGGGCCAGACGCCCGAGUUCCGCUCUUACUGCCACACAAAGCAAGAGUACCAAGAGUACGGACCGAGCAUCGUGCGGAGGUUUGCUCUUCUGGGUGGACCCGGUGGUUCUUAG